CAUGCAUGCGUAGUAUAAGAUUAGGUGUAGAAUCCAUUGAUUUUUCAACAUAUAUAUAUAUUGAGUGAUGUUUGUUAGCCUAGAUGUUGGCAUCAAUCACCGGUACAAAGCUAAAGUCUGUACAAACGGAAAACACUUUCUGAUCUUCUUUACUCUGAUUUCUUCCUUAUUCUUUAGUCCGCAUAAUUCUGUUUAUAAGAUCUGGUUUCUCCUCUUUCUUUCUUUACCUUAUAAGUUCUCAAUAAUCAAUAUACAAAAUAUUAGCUCUGUAAUCUUCUUUUCUUUUCACUUACCCUAAAACAAUUAAUUCCCUUUUUGCUUUAAAUCAUCUCAACAAUCCAAUAUUCUUCUUGAAUCUUCACCGUAGGUGCUUUGAUCUUUUGUAGCUUAUUUACUUCACAGAUAAUGAAGAUGAGUUGAGGGUUUUAUUUAGGUUUUUUAUUUAUAGAAACCCUCUUUUAUUAUAUUUGGAUAUAGCUUGAUAAUUCAUAGCCCAAACAAGCAGAUGUGCAGUAGGGGCCAUUGGAGGCCUCACGAAGACCAGAGGCUUAGGGAGUUAGUUGAGAAAUAUGGACCUCAUAAUUGGAAUGCUAUAGCAGAAAAGCUUCAAGGAAGAUCAGGAAAGAGCUGUAGGUUGAGAUGGUUCAAUCAAUUGGAUCCAAGAAUCAAUCGAAACCCUUUCACUGAAGAGGAAGAAGAAAGGCUUCUUUCCGCUCAUCGGAUUCAUGGAAACCGAUGGGCAAUAAUAGCUCGUCUAUUCCCUGGUCGCACUGAUAAUGCUGUCAAAAAUCAUUGGCACGUUAUCAUGGCGCGAAAAUGCAGAGAACGGUCCAAGAUUUUUGCAAAGAGAGCUGCCGCUGCUACUGCUGGUCAUCAAAAAUCAAUGAGCGAUGAACAACAAUCAUCGUCGUCUAGGCAGCAAGAUAAUUAUCUGCAAAUAAAUAAGGAGAUAACAAGGAGUUUCAAUCCUCAGCGACUUUCAGAAAGAUUUGCUUACCCUAAUUUGAUAUACAACAAUUCCUUUUACCAGAAAUUGCUUCACGAUCACUAUGAUCGUUUUCAUCAUGCGAAGAUGGAUCAAGUUUUAUCUACAGAUGAAAACCAACCAACGGAGUUCUACGACUUUCUACAAGUGAAUACUGACUCUAACAGAAGUGAGGUGAUAGACCAUGGUAGAAUAAGAGAUGAUGAAGAAGUUGAACAGGAAGCUGUUGAUGACCUUCAUCGGAGCAAAGCCGCCAGCACAGAAUUCAUAGAUUUCUUAUCAGUUGGAGACUCAGCAUAAAGUUGCUGAUAUAUUUCAAGAAAUUCUACAGCUUUCUGCAUGGAUGCAGUUCUGGAAUACUCAUUAUCGUGUAUUCAUUCUGUUAGUAAAUCCUCAAUAUAUACAAGUUAUAGAUACUUUAGAGUAUAAUUAGAGUUGUAGUUGCCAUACAAGACUAGAGGAUAGAAAUACAAAGAGAUCAUAUCUAUCCUAUGACAACAAAAAGAUAUGACAUAUAAACUUUGAAUUCAAAUUAAACCUCUGUAUUAUCUAUUACGAUAUCCAAACAAUUAUUAAAUAGACGUUAAAUGGUAGUAGCAUAGAAAAAAUAACAUGAAAUAAUCGUUUUUUUUUUUUUUUUUUUAAGUUUGUCUACAGAAUUUUCUAUGACAUAGAAAG